CAAAAGGUCCUGGUGAUGGUACUCCAAGAAGACCUGUUUUACCUGUUAGUGCAAGAAAAAUUAAAGAUAAUGCAGCAGACUGGCAUAAUUUAAUGAUGAAAUGGGAGAGACUGAAUGAUAAUGGAUUUACUACAGCAAACAAAAUAGUCAACAUGAAGAUUAGUGAACAAUUUCAAGACAACAAACUGGAGAUAGCAUGCCAUAACAGUGCCACAGAAUCUGAAAAGCGAGCUCCAAAGUACUGUGAAGAACUGGACAAUUGCUGUGAAGAAUUACUUGAGACCUUAAAGCAUAUGAUGAAAAUACAACUGAAAAUGGAAAAGCUUACUUCAACUACUAAAGCAAUCUGUGACUUGGAAGCAUUCCACCAUAGAGCUGGGAAUUGCACAGCCCCCUUCUUUCAUACAUGGCCCACACCAUACUUCUAUGAGGUUUCUCUGAAGCUCUCUGAAAUGUACAAGAAGGAACUACAACUCAAGCAAACAAUUGUACAAGAAAUUGCUCAUUCUGCUGACCAGGAUCUGAUGAUGGUUUAUUUAUCAUCCUGGUUAUACCAGCCUUACAUUGAGAAUAGCAGCAAACUACUGCUUGAAGCCAUGCUGCUAGAAACAGGACAUAGACAGUGCUAGAAUUCCAAAUGUUACAUGGCUUCUUCGAAUGAUGCUUACAUGAAACUGAAAUGGCAAACUGCAAAGCUUACCAAGUAAGUUAUGUUUUUGUAAAACUUAUUAAAAAUAUUUAUUUCUAUUUGUAUUUAUUA